GGGGGAGACAUCAGGGAUACACAGAUUUAACUGGGAAGAUAAUCGACAAGGGAUGAAGGAAUAGUCACAGUAUUGCAGGCAGGUGGGACUAGUGUUGCUGGGACUAGUGGGCAAGUUGGGCCGAAGGGCCUGUUUCCAUGCGAUAUCACUAUGACUCUAGUAGGAAGAAAUAAGAACUAUGGGUGAAGAAAAUGUUGAAACAAUGAAACUAAUAGGACUGAAAGACCAUUUUCAGAUUUGCUGCCUGAUCUGCUGAAAGUUUCCAAUAUUUUCUCAUAUUAUUUCAGAACUACCUGCUUGUGAACUUUGGUGAGGGGAGCACAGGCUGAGAUACCUUUCAUGUCCUAACACAUGGAGUUCUUCACCAACAGAUGCAGAUUGCCAAUGUUGAUGCAAUGGAAAAGGUCCCCUCACAAAUCAAAUGUCAAUAUCUGUCCACAGCCUUUACCUUCCGACAGUUUCAAGCAGAGUGGAUGAGACAUGUGAAUCGGAUGAGAUAUGUAAUUGAAAAGCAAAAGACUACAAAUCCUCAAGAUCUGAAGAAAUGCUGGGAAUAUUAGUGAACGGAUCUGAUGACACUGCCUCUACAUCAACCAUUAACUCUAUUCCACUUCCACAGAUGCUGCCUGACCCGUUUAGCAUUCCUUUAAUUUCUCUUUCUCACACGUUCGAUGUCAGCAUAGAAUAUCAGAAUCAGAAUAGUGCUUUAUUAGCCAAGUAUGUUUUGCAACAUGCGAGGAAUUUCAUUUGCCAAGUCAGUCAUAUAAAUAAAAAGUAAAAGAUCACCCAAAACACAUUUUAACAUGAACAUCCACCACAGUGACUCCUACUGUGACGGAAGUAAACCAUUCUUGGGAAACAAAGUUAGUUCAGGAUAUAAAGUGAAGAUUAGUCUGUUCCUUUUGACGUCAGAACCUUCGUGGACAUCUCCCUGGUAUCUGGGAAACUGGGUCAAGGGACAAUUUGCUUGAUGUAUUCAGCAUGCUUGCAGCAUGUAAGCACUGGUAGCAGUCAAUGAAUCCUUGUAGAUUUAGCGAGACAAGACAAAACCUGCAGACAUGUUCAGUGGUCUGAAUGACAUUUACUAAUUCAAGUUGAAAUGAACAUUGGUUAAGACUGUGUGUCAGUCAUUUGUUCUAUAUCUCUCUUUAUCACCAUCUACAUCUCUCGUUUCCCUUACUCCUGCCUCGCAGUCUGAAGAAAUGUCACCUAUACCUUUUCACCAGAGAUGCUGCCUGACCCAUUGAGUUACUCCAGCUUUUUGUGGCUAUCAUAGGUUAAGACUCUUCCUUUGGAUGCUGUAACUAAUGCAAUGGCCACGGUGAUAAUGGAAAGCUGGCAGCAUUCCUUGGUCAACAGGGAUUUUCUUCCCCUUGUUGAAUUGCUGCGUGCUCCUUUUUAUAGCUUCUGCACCACUGUCUAAACAGAUGAGACUCCCCAGUAACAUUGGCAGAUGACCUGCUUGGACUAUCUAUCCACAACAUGAACCCUUUGGAUCCCAUCCCAACUCUCCUUGAUGCCUUCGCGAAGCGGAGAGUCAUAGAAUCAUAUAACAUGGGAAGAGGCCAUUCUGCUCACCAUGCCUAUGCUGACCAGUGGGCAUCCAUUCAUAUGUCCCAAUACCUAGCAAUUGUCCCUACGCCCGAUUGAAUAGUUACUCAUCUAGAUACUUGUUACAUACUGUCAGUGACCCUGCCUCCACCACUCUCUGCACAUGUACUCCAGGUACUCAGCACCUUCUGGGUUAAAUAGGGCCACUCAGAUCCCCUCUAAAUUUCUUCCCCCUUAUUCUAAAUCUAUUCCCUCUCGUUUUAAACUUUAGACUUUAUACUUUAGAGAUACAGCGCAGAAACUGGCCCUUCGGCCCAUCGAGUCCCCGCUUACCAGCAAUCCCCCCCGUACACUAGCACUAUCUUGCACAUCAGGGACAAUUUACAAUUUUGCCAAAGCCAAUUAACCUACAAACCAAUAUGUCUUUGGAAUGUGGCAGGAAACUGGAGCAUCUGGGGAAAACCCACAUGGUCACGGGGAGAACAUACAAACUCCGUACAGACAGCACCCAUUGUCAGGAUCGAACCCGGGUCUCUGGCGCUGUAAGGUAGCAACUCUACCACUGCACAACUGUGCCGCUCCAUCUGACAAGGGGGAAAGUUUCCUCCCUCUCCCGUCGAUGCCUCCCAUGAUUUAAUGCUCCUCCAUCAUUUUCCCUCUUAACCUCCUUCCCCCCACAUGGAAAACAGACCCAGCACCUCUAAAUGUUCCACAUAAGUUUAGUUUAGUUGAGGUUAGAAAUGCAGGGCGGAAACAGGCCCUGGGGGCCACCGAGUCUGCGCUGACCAGCGAUGCCCAGGCACCAGCACUCUCCUACACACACAUGGGACAAUUUACAAUUUUAUCAAAACCAAUUAUCCUACAAACCAGUACAUCUUUGGAGUGUGGGCAUAAACCGGGGCUCUCAGAGAAAACCCACGUAGGUCACGUGGAGAACGUACAAACUCCAUACAGACAGCACCCGUAGUCAGGAUCGAACCUGGGUCUCUACCGCUGUAAGGCAGCAACUCUACCGCUGCUUCACUGUGCCGCCAAUACUGAAAUUCUCCAUCCAGGCAACAUCAUGGUGGAUCUGCUCCCCACCCUCUCUGGUACAAGGACAUCUUUGGCCAAUUGGCCAAUCUGGCAACUGUAACCAUUCAUCAUCAUCAUUGAAAACAUUAGCGACGCAGUGGUGCUGGUUUCCAACGGGAAAAUGGUCAGGUCAGGUCGGGGGGAGUUCCCCCCGCCACGAGUACCAUGUAAUCCCGUGCCACCUGCUCCAUGGUCGGAUAGUCGGCGACUAUCUCAGUCACUCCCACCUGGUUUGUCAGGUGAGGAGGGGGCUGUGGACCCCCAGCAGGACCAAAAACAAGACCUGUCAAAGGGCGGAUGAGCUUCUAGCAAGCCAACGGCCAUCCAUCCACACUUCAGUAGACGUUGUGAUCACUCUUGUACAUAGCAUCGUAAGGAACUGUAACCAAAUCUUCAAUACUAUCAAUCCUAUUACUGGUAGCCCAUCGCAGCAGUCACCAUUGGUUUCAAUAAUUCGCACUGUGAGGGGCAUUAUAUUCAAACAGUCAGCAAGUGUACAAAGCUGUUCCCAAUCAUUCCUCAGUUUCCGUUUCGUUCCUGGUAUCUGGAACCAUUCUACACUGAGAACCAUAGCUCCAACAUAACCUAAUCUCACCACAUCCCCAUGGCUGUACUUCCAGGUUAGGUCAUCAAGGGAGAAGCAGAAAAUAAGCGGAUUCACCUCUUGCACUUCGACCAUGAGAAAGCAGAUCUCCCUCAUCCAUUAUCUCAGUGUCAUUCUGGCCAGGGUUCCUACUUACUGAACUCUUGAUAUCUCAGGUCAUGUUCACAACAAGGUUUGUUUCUUCAUUGUACAUCCACGCUCUCGACUUGCCCUUGGCCAGCAUUCAGUGCACGCUGUUUCUCAUGCUCAAGUUACAUCAGUGGCUUGAGAUAGUGGUGGAUCCAGGCUGAAUUCUAAUCAUCAAUGGCUCCAGAAUUCAUCCGUAACGAUGACAGUGGUUUGAUGUCACAAGGCGACCAAAGUGCAAAAUUAUGACUUCACAGUUGCGGCGAUUGUGACGCCGGGGAAGAUGUGGGCAUCAGCAAAUUGGUACGUGAUUGACCUGCAGAGACCAUGGGGGCAAAAUGAAGGCAGGAUGACUGAAGGGGGAAAUGAGUCUCAGCCUCAAGAGCCUCCUGGUGUACGGGGUGAUUGUAGGCGUCUUGCUGGGAAAGACCAUUCCCACCACUGAGAUAUGGCAGCAGCUUAAACGCUUCCCGCGAAGCGCGCUGCUGAACGCCCCGGUCGCUGAGCAGAAGGUCAUCGGCUCGGAUGACGGCCCCGUGAAAGUCUACAUCAAAGUACACGAGAAAAGCCCGCGCAUUCUUUGCGCCACGCCCCAGCUGAGGAACAUGGAGCUGAUGGACCCCAACUUCAGUUGGAAAGGGCCGAAAGGCACAGAUCUCACCAAGAGACCGGACAUGAAUAUAUCUCUGACAGGGACCCUGACCAUUGAUGAUUUCCGCAAGGAUUUAUCUGGAGUUUACGUAUGCACAAUUUAUUUUUAUAGUCCCAGUACAAAGUCUUUGCAGUCCUUGAAUCUUAAAUAUUUCCUGUAUGCUUACCGGGACCCUAAUUACACCUAUGAGUUUCAGGUGCAAUAUCAUGCAGCCGAUUGUCAAAAUGCAUACAACAGCCUCUUCUUAAAGAGGUUGCACACAGCUUUAAACCAGCUGACUUCAGACCUGGCCUACACUAUCAGUAUCCACAAGUCAACGUGCCACACGCUCAAAGUGCCCUUGGCCGGCAUACAGUACGAGCUGUACCUGACGCUUAAGCUGCACCUUGACGUGGAGGAACUGGACACUAUCUGCGAGAACAACCAGGAGGACUGCGAUCACAACCUGCGGCUGGAGAAAGUGCGGCACCGCGUGGAGGCGUUCUUCUCCAAGCAGGCGGACAUGUACCGAGAGAUCUUCGGCUUGCUGCCGUUCGUCUACUACAUCGACGGGACGCUGCAGGUGAUCCGCGCCGACCGCUGCAAGCCCGGCUUCGGCAAGGACCACAAGAAGCACCCAAACUGUCCCGGGUGCUGUGUGGUGUGUGGCCCGGGCUCCUACAGCAGUGGCCGGCACGUCAGCUGUCUGCCCUGCAUUGAAGCCAUCCAUUACGGAGAGUCAGAUUGUGACAUUGAGUGAGGAGUGCUUUACUUGUGGACUUGAUGAAUCAUUGCAAUCUUGCCCAGACACAGGUUAUGACUUUUUAGAGAAAUAAAUACCAUGGGCAAGCAGGGAUCAGGAAAGAAGUCCCAGGUCAUGUGUACAGAAAGGUGGCGUCCUGCAUUUUAAAUAAAAGGAAUAUGUGAAGUUGCCUAUUUCUAAUAGUCUAUUACAAGAUUUUACUCAUAUUGGGGAGGAAGGGUGGCGAUUUCAUUUUAACGAAAAUUUGAUAUGAAUGAAUUUUUAUUGUUGAAAUUAUUCUGUCUGUCUCAUAUUUAUGCGUUGUUAAUAAACUUUGGAAUAUAAUAUCAGUUGGGUUGCGUUUUUGUGCACAAUUCAUCUUGGACUGUUUUCUCUAACUUGACCAGUUUUCUCUGGAAUGCCAAAGAUAGACACAAAAUGCUGGAGUAACUAACUCGGUGGCUUUAGGCAGCAUCUCUGGAGAAACGGACCAGGUGACGUUUCGGGGCAGAAACCUUCUCCAGACUUCUGAAGAAGGGUCUCGACACAAAACAUCACCUAUUCUUUUUCUCCAGAGAUGCUGCCUGACCCGCUGAGUGAUUCCUGCAAUUUGCAUCUAUCUUUGAUAUUAACCAGCAUCUGCAUUUCCUACCGAACCAUUUC